CACUUCUUAUACGAUCCCACCACGCUCGAAGACGCGAGCAGCGCAGAGCCGCCAGCCACCAUUCCUGGCUGGGCUGCUUCUUCCUUCUACAUCUUUUCUGCUUUCUUUCUUUCACCCGCAACCGCAACCGCAACGGCCGCGCGCCAAACCAGAGUUUUUUUUUCAGCAUCUUCCGCUCCGCUUUCCGCUGAUGUUUACAGCUCAACCCUACCAGUAUAUAUACCGACAUGUUUGUGUUGAUUUGCUGCUGGUUUCCCAAUUCCAAUCCGCCCCCCGCUGGUAAGUGUGCUUUGCUGUUCUUCACUUCACUCUCUCUCUCUCUCCCUCCCUUUGUGGGCACUCCCCUCCCCUCCCCCUCUGCCUGGUGCCUCCCUCCCCAAAAAUACCUCCCAGGCCAUCUCACCUCGCUCACAGAAUCACUCACGGUCACUUCCUCCACAAUACAGCAGGAGAGUAGCAGGGGGUUGAAUAGGAGGAAGAAGACGGGGCGGAGUCAAGAAUUGGUACAAACGGAACGUGUUGCCUGCAGAAUGGAUUCGGCAUUUGACCCCGCUGUCGUGCUCGCACGUACAUGAUGCCUCUAAACCAGAGCCAUCUGCUGCAGGUUUCAGAUAUCUGCAGAUUUCAUCACCACAGCUACAAAGAUUACUGCGCUACUCUGAAGGAGGAUAUCCAAUACUAGAUGUCAGGACUUCUUGCAGAAGCUCUUGGAGCUGCUGCAGGAGGAUGUGCACUACUACUUAUUGUCAUAAUUAUAAUAGUACUUUGCCUACAGCAUCGCAAAAGAACCUCAGACUCUUCAGAAAGUGGUUUUUCAGAUCAAGCUCUACCAGAGUCGCAGGAAGCAAGAUGUCUUAGUUUAGAGGAAUUGAAUUUUGCUACAAGGAAUUUCAGCAAUGGCAACCUUAUUGGACAAGGGACGUUCGGAGAGGUAUAUAAGGGUUUGCUCCAGGAUGGCACAAUAGUAGCUGUUAAAAGACGGCAUUCUCCUCCUAGCCAGGAAUUCAUUCAAGAGGUUAAUUAUCUAGCAUCUCUCUGUCAUUGGAACCUUGUAAAACUUUUGGGGUACUGUCAGGAGGAUGGCAUGCAGAUGCUUGUUUAUGAGUAUAUCUCCAAUGGCAGCGUAUCAACACAUUUACAUGGUAACAGCCAUGCUCUAGGUUCAAGGCUAGAAUUCAAGAAGAGACUUUCUAUUGCUCAUGGCACAGCUAAAGGCCUGAGUCACCUGCAUUCGCUGACACCCCCUGCGGUCCAUAUGAAUUUCAAAACUUCUAAUGUACUUGUGGACGAGGACUUCGCACCAAAAGUUGCAGAUACUGGGAUUCCAGGCAUGCUUGAUCGACUUGGUGUUACAGGACUGUCUUCCAGAACAUUUAAUGAUCCUUUCGUGGAACCUCGAAUGAAGGAAGCUAUGAACUUGAACUUUUCCAUACAAAGCGAUGUGUACAGCUUUGGCGUAUUCCUUCUGGAGCUAAUUAGCGGACGGAAAGCUGUCUCUGAUCAAUGCAUCAUUCAGUGGGCACAGAGCUUCCAGGAAUCAAGUGACAUCUCCGUGAUCGCAGACAGCAGAAUGGCCGGUGGCUUUACCUCACAAAGCAUGAAGGAAUUGCUGAGCCUGACAGCACGGUGCGUAAAUCCGACGAGCGAGCAGCGCCCGUCGAUGAGCUCGGUGGAGGCUGAGAUACAACGGAUCCGCGAGCAGGAGAUCAGCCUCACAGCAGUCAUGGCGGAAGGUACCCCAACCGUGACUCUAGGCAGUCAGCUCUUCAGAACAUCCAGGUGAAACAAACAUCAGUGGGAUGUGUAGUCUAGAAGAAAAGCUAGUUCUCUCCUCCUCAGGGCAGUAGACCAGCCUUGUUCUCUUUCGGAAUUCGGGAAAAAAAAGAAGAGCCCGUCUUCAUAGCGAGCCAGCUGCAUCCCAAGUGUAAAAAAAAAAGAGAGGAAACAGCUGCGAGGCUUACCCUUUUUUUCUCCCCAGUUUUGUUACCCUGAUGGUUCCUUCCUAAUUCUCCCUUUUCUGCACAUGUUUUUAGGGGAAUUAAUGACAUUUUCCUUUUGUUGAAUAAUAAUAAGAAUGGGUGGGUGGUGGCAAACCAGCGGCUCUUGAUUGUUCAGCGCAUCAGUCUUGCAUGUGUUUUUUUUUCUCUUCCCUUCAAAGUAUUGGAGAAAACAUGAAAACAAAGGCAAUUCAUGCAGAAAGUUGAAGCAACAGUCUGCAGAACAUGUCGUGUAUUAUAUGGCACGAGGAUAGAACAGAUUUUCAGGCUCUCCAGUCUUACAGGAAGGAUGGCUUUCCUUUUUAUUCAAGAGAUUUUCCUAGCAGCUACAGCUUCCUUUCACAGGGUUUUUUUUGCUGUGAGGCAACAAUCUGAAGGGCAGCGAGCGGUGUACGCAAUGCAUCUAGGUCGACUUGACGAUGUCGUCCCUGGUGUUGACGGUGAAGUCCCAGAGCUCGCCGUACUUCUCGUUGAAGUCCCAGAUGUCCAUGGAGUUGUAGUCGGCGAUGAGCUUGUCGCGGGCCGACCUCUCCAUCAUGUAGAUCUCCGGCUCGAAGUUGUGCGGCUUGUCGGGCUUGCCCAUCUCGAUGACGCA